AUGGCGAACUUUGAAAAAUUGGAAGGUUCAUCCAAUUUUCAUACUUGGAAAUUUUCCAUCAAGAAUAUUUUAAUACUUGAAGGAUUGUGGGACGUCAUAGAGGGAAGCGAUGACUUAGAGAAGAGUUCUGACGAUGCUGCUGGACGCCGCCCACAAAAACACGCUAGUAACUCAUCUGGUGAGUCUUCUUCGUCUAGUGAUUCGGAUGAUAGUGAUAAAACAUUUUGCCCUUCCGAGGACGAACGACGGAAUGAGAAUAUUUCAGUUACCCAAAACCUUCAUGUUUCGGAGGCGACGUCAUCUGGCAUUCCUUUAUCGUCAAACGAUCGCCUUGUAAAUCAAGAUGAUCGCCCCAAUUCACCAGAUAUUUCUGAUCAGCCUACUAGCCCAAUCAGUCAUGCUCCCAGGACAUCUGCUGAGAUACCUUCAGUAGAAGAAGGUUGGUCUGACACGGUGACUGAUAUACCUGAUUUUAAUUUUGAUAACGCUGCUUCUGGUAUUCAAGUAAACAUUGAUAACAUAGAAAAUGUUAUGGACUUUUUUUCAUCUAGUUUUUCCACGGAAUUUCGU